ACAUUCAAACAACCACUCUGACCAUCUCCAUGAACCUCAGUGCCUCGGUUGCACUGGGCAUGCUCUACAUGCCCAAGGUGUACAUCAUUAUUUUCCACCCUGAGCUGAACGUCCAGAAGAGGAAGCGUAGCUUCAAGGCUGUGGUCACCGCUGCCACAAUGUCAUCGCGCCUGUCUCAGAAGCCCAGCGAGAGGCCCAACGGCGAGGCCAAGACAGAGCUGUGCGAGAACCCCCCUGCUGCUGCUGACCCUAUGAGUCAAGCAACCAAGAAAACAUAUGUGAGUUACAACAACCUCAGGAUCUGAUGUUCUGGCAAACGGAUGCUUUGUACUUUAUUUGUGAUUGGGAACGCGACGGAAGCUGCGAGAUCAGAGGAGGAGAAAAGCGAGCGCAGGCAUCCCAGCACCACCUGCAGCACCUAUGCACUCCAGGACUGUGGAUGGCGUCCAACCCUCAUCAAGACAUG